AUGUCUCCCCUCAUUCCCCUAUUCGCAGCCAUCGAUGACAUGAAUCCUAGUUUCAACUUCAAGCAGUUCGACCUCAUCACAGACCGCAAUAACCUUCGCAAGCUUCUCCGCUGGGCUAGUGGCUCACCGGAUGAGAAAGACUUUCGUAUCGAUAUCGAUGUAGCGGGCACAACGUGCUUGUUCACACGCCUUGAGGCACAGAACACGGACAUCGUACAAGGCUUUAUGGGGUAUGGACAUGAGUACGAGAAAGCGGCCACGAGAGUCACUCGCGGCUGCGAGAGAGCUACUGGUCAUCACCGGAUGAUUUCCAUCGACAUUGGUGAACUGAAGGUUCUCCUUCGUUUCACGAUUGAGGCAUGCACCUCUUCCACCAAUGACACCAACGAGGAGGACGACCUCCUAGCAGCCUUCUCAGGCCUGGGUAUUGGCGGAGCGUCUGUCUCUAGCAGCCGGGACACUAAGAAGCCUCAAGCCACGGUGCCAACCGUUCGUGGCGUGACGAUCAGACAAACAACUCCACGCAAAGUUGUCCCGCAAGCCUCUCUCAUCGAGCUCAAAACACGCGCUGCCCGCCGAGAGAUCGACUGGGCAGAAGUUUAUCCACAGCUCUAUCUUUCUCAGACAGCAUUCCUGUAUAUCGCGAAGCACGAACGCGGCAGCUUCAACACCCUGGAAAAAGUAGAGCUUGGCUCGAAGAGCAUGCAGACUCAUGCCCGCCAUACUCAGCAGGGUGUUGCGAAGUUGAAACUCGUGCUUCAGGAUAUUUUGGAUGCUGUGAAAAAGGAAGAUGUGGGGGUAGGCUUGAGUUUGGUGGCAAAGGAUGGCAAGUUGGCAUUGUACAAGCGCCAUGAGGGGACUGGAAAAGGACCGGGAAAAGAUAUCACAGACAAAUUCAAUUGA